AUGAAUACGGCCUUUCUGGCCCCAUCACGCACCGUCCUGGUCCGGCCCACAUCGGCCUGCUGGCGAUGCCGCCGGAGCCUGCGGCUACACAGCAGUGAUGCUCCAGGCAGACCGGGCCAGCUGCUGCCGCCUGCGCCACCGUCUGCCGGCAUGGCUCGACUGGCCUCGCGCCGGCUGAUCUCCGUGGCUGGCCCAGACGCGGCCAAGUUUCUGCAAGGCAUCAUCACGGCCAACAUGGUCCCAGCAGCCGGAGCCAGCGCUCGUCCACACGGCUUCUACAGCGCCUUUCUCAACUCCCAGGGCCGCGUGCUGCACGACGUCUUCGUGUACCGGAACACGCUCAGCCGCCCGGCCGUCGAGAUCGACCCGGCCUUUCUCGUCGAGGUCGACGCCGAGCAGGCCCGCACGCUCGAGAAGCACAUGCGGCGCUACCGUCUGCGGGCCAAGGUCGACGUCCAGCUACUAGACGACGAUGAGCUGGCCGUGUGGCAUGCCUGGGGAGAAGGUGCUGCUUCUGCUGCUGCUGCUGCUGCUGCAACUGCUUCCCCCGACGUCAUCACCGUCUGCGACACCCGCGCGCCCGGUCUGGGCUGGCGCCACGUCGCCGCGUCCUCGGGCCUGCCGCCGCCGCUCGCCCUCGCCGUCGAUGCCGUCGACGAGUUCGCCUAUCGCAUCCGGCGCUACCUCUGGGGCGUCGCCGAGGGCCAGCGCGAGAUCCAGCCCGGCCAAGCCCUGCCGCUCGAGAGCAACAUCGACCUCAUGGGCGGCAUCGACUUCCACAAGGGCUGCUACGUCGGCCAGGAGCUCACCAUCCGCACACGCCACCGCGGCGUCGUCCGCAAGCGUGUCCUGCCGUGCGUGCUGUACCCAGACGCCGAGAACGUCGACGUCCCGACACAGCUGGAUUAUGCUCCUCACGACAUAUCACGUGACCUCGCCAUCCCCCCCGAAACCAGCAUCGGCCGCGUCGGCAAGAAAGGCCGCAGCGCCGGCAAGUGGCUCGCUGGCAUCGGCAACGUCGGUCUCGCCCUCUGCCGCCUCGAGCCCAUGACCGACAUCGUCCUGCCCGACGAGGCCGCCGCCACAGCCGCCGCCGCCGCCAGCAGCACGCCCGGCACGUUCGUCAUGGCCUGGCCCGCGGACGAGGGCACCGACCAGGCUGCCAGCAGCGUCCGCAUCAGGGCGUUUGUGCCCGAAUGGCUACGGCAGGGCUUGGCUCCUUCAUCGUGA